CUACUGGAGCGCCAGUACACAAAGAACGCCCUGUGUCGCUGUGAAGCCGCUUGCGCAAUGCAAAGAAAUAACGGAAGCGCUAAAAAUAACAUCGGCUUUAUAAAAUUCAUAAUAAAAAAUAACGUAUUAAGUGUUUUCGUAUACGAGUACAAAAAAGAACGAAAAAUGAAUCAGAACAACCCUUCGACUUCUUUUGAAGGCAAACCUAGAAACAGAUCUCACAGUAAGGUAGACCUUGAAGUAGAAAGUGAUAAAACAAAACAGCACAACCACGAUGUGCCGAUACAAGACAAAAAGACAAAUGAACAACAAACAACAAAAAAUAUUCUUGACUUCCCAGAUGAAGUUCUUUUUCGUAUAUUCAAAAAUGUAGACCUAAACGAUUUGAAUAAUCUCCGAUUAUGUUGCACAAGAUUUGCAAGACUAGCGGCAGAUAAACUUUUAUGGAGUUUGGACUAUCGCAAAACACCUAUAUUUCCUUCUCGAAUGGAGCCGUAUAAAACUUUCUUAAAACCAUUAACAUACAGCUUAGCAAUACGUGGAGAUUUCAAACAUGGCAAUAAAAAUAUUCUUCCACCUUAUUUUUUUUUUAAAUUACUAAAAAUAUGCAGAAUGCUUAGCAAAUUGAUUAUUGAAGAGUAUUAUAUUCCUACAAAAUGGAUUUCUGAGGUAUUCUUUCCUACGAAAUUCUUUCCUAAGGAAUUCCUUCCUCAGUUUUGUACAAAUCCAUGGCAAUUUAUUAAAAUUGGUUUAGGAUACGUCAGAGAUGUUAACAACUCUUGAGACCCUUGAAUUCAAAAAUUGUAUAGCAGAUGGUAAGUUUCAUUGUGUCAAAUUUCUUUUGCCAACUUUUUU